AUGGUAGCCACACUACAUCAUAACCCAAUCCCAAGGACUAGUAACUUCUAUGAAAACAGUUUCAAGCAGCUUAGUGAUAUUCAACAGAAACAAACAGGACUCAUUAUUGGAGCUGCAGUUGCCGAUGCGGCGGCUCGUGCACUUGAUGGUUUAACCGCAGAAGAAAUUUCUGCCUAUGCGGCAGAUUUCCCUGCAGAUAUAAAACAUGGCGAAGAAGAAUCUAUAGUGUUUGCGCAAUUGACGGAAUCCUCUCCACAUAAUCGCCGCUUCUCUGGACCCCUUCGUCACCACUCGUAUACAUGUUUACUGAUGUUACAGUUACUUGGUGUGAUGGCGAGUUCCCGUGGGGAGUUCUCUGUGCGUUAUGUGAAGAAUGAUUGGGUUUCCGCCGCCCGUGCACAUCCCAGUUGCUUUGCGGCUGAACAUGCAUCUCUUCUGCAUGUUUUGGGUGUGUUAUUGCCGUUACCGGUGAUUUACCCAUGGGCAGAUGAUACCACACUGCGAGAGUAUGCAGCGCAGUUUGUGGACUUUCUCACAGAACCCCCAGAAGAAGAAGAGGAAGUGAAUCUAUCCGAAACAAGAAUAACAACUCGUAAAGGGGUAGAAGCAUAUACAUUCUCUUCAUUAGGUGUAGCGCUGCGGUGUUUGCAGAGUAAUCCCAAUCCCUACAGGAAUGCAGCUUUUAUGGCAGUACCAGGAACCGCAGAUGUGUUCCCAGAUGAUAUUGCACAGCUUUCCUCUUCACAUGCAAAAGAAAAGAUUCCACUUCUUAGUGUUAGUGCAUCUGCUAAUCAUUCACUUCCAGCAAUUGCAGCAGACACUAUGGCCCGUAUGCAGAUAAAGAAUAACACCACCCCAAUUAACAUUAGUGAUCAUUGCCGUAGUCAUAUACAUUCAACUCCUCGUUUUCCUCUUCGUCCAUUAACACAGGAUGUCUCUGUGGUUCGUGAGAGUUUUAUUGUAGCGAAGAAGGCUCGCAGUUUCUCUGAUGGCGUGAAGGCCGCCAUUCGCCUUGGAGGGCCUGUCAGUCAACGCAGUCUCAUCGUUGGGGCUCUACUCGGGGCUCAAUUCGGGGUGCGGCGGAUCCCAACAGCGUGGCUCAGUGCGACCCACAACUAUGGACCACUAGUGACAAUGGCAAUGGAGGUGGCACAGUGGAGCUGGAACCCUCCACAUCAUUAA